CCUUCUUUUCCAAAACAAACACAUAUAAUAAUAAUAAUAAAAUAUAAAAUAUCUUUCCUUAAUACCUUAUAUAACUACUACUUUAAAUAUCAUCAAACAUACAUUCACUCACACACAUUGUUUGUUCCGUUAAGCCUCUAAAGUCUAAACAAUACUCGUAAUAAUAACAUUAUAAACCCCAUUAAAACCGAUCCAAUGGUUUUUGAAGAUCCCACCAUGCUUAUUCAAGCGAUGAAUUCGUUGGCUGAUGGAAAGAAGUAUAUAACAUCAGAAGAGUUACAAACACAUAACAAGCCUGGUGACCUGUGGAUAUCGAUACAGGGCAAAGUUUACAAUGUUACAGAAUGGACUAAAGAGCAUCCUGGUGGCGAUAUUCCUCUAUUAAAUCUUGCUGGUCAGGAUGUGACCGAUGCAUUCAUUGCUUUUCAUCCUGGUACUGCUUGGAAACACCUUGACAAACUCUUUACUGGGUAUCACUUAAGAGAUUACAAGGUUUCACAAGUUUCUAAAGACUACCGGAAACUUGCUUCUGAGUUUGCAAAAGCCGGAAUGUUUGAGAAAAAAGGGCAUGGUGUGAUUUACUCACUUUGUUUUGUGUCAUUGUUGCUUUCUGCAUGUGUGUAUGGUGUAUUAUGCUCCAAUAGUUUCUGGGUUCAUAUGCUUGCUGGAGCAAUAUUGGGAUUAGCAUGGAUGCAAAUUGCUUAUAUGGGUCAUGAUGCUGGGCAUUAUCAAAUGAUGUCGACCGCUGGGUGGAACAAAUUUGCUGGUAUCUUUAUUGGCAACUGUAUAACUGGGAUCAGUAUUGCGUGGUGGAAAUGGACACAUAACGCACAUCACAUUUCUUGCAAUAGCCUUGAUUAUGACCCUGACCUACAACAUUUACCCAUGUUAGCCGUUUCAUCUAAGCUUUUCAAUUCUCUGCAAUCCGUUUUCUAUGGGAGACAGUUGACUUUUGACCCCUUGGCCCGGUUCUUUGUGAGCUACCAACAUUACUCAUAUUACCCAAUCAUGUGUGUUGCACGGGUCAACCUCUAUCUACAAACAAUGCUUUUGCUGAUUUCAAAAAGAAGGAUUCCUGACAGAGGACUAAACAUACUCGGAACCCUUAUCUUCUGGACAUGGUUUCCGUUACUUGUUUCAUGCCUACCUAACUGGCCUGAACGGGUGGCAUUUGUGUUGGUUAGCUUUUGUGUUACGGGUAUCCAACAUGUUCAAUUCACAUUGAACCAUUUUGCUGCUAAUGUCUAUGUUGGCCCCCCAAAGGGAAAUGAUUGGUUUGAGAAACAAACAAGUGGCACCAUCGAUAUCUCGUGUUCUUCUUGGAUGGAUUGGUUCUUUGGUGGUUUACAGUUCCAACUCGAGCACCAUUUGUUUCCUAGGUUGCCUAGGUGUCACUUAAGAUCGAUUUCUCCAAUUGUGCAGGAACUAUGCAAAAAGCAUAAUUUGCCUUAUAGAAGUUUAUCAUUCUAUAAUGCUAAUGUAACUACACUCAAGACACUUAGGACAGCGGCUCUACAGGCACGUGACCUUACAAACCCAGCUCCUCAGAAUUUACUAUGGGAAGCUUUUAACACUCAUGGUUGAGUUCUUAUGUUGCCGUAUAUUCUGGCAUUUGAUUUUUUAGUAGUAUAUGUUUUUUAAGAAACUCAGAUUCUUUUCUUGGCACUAGUCUUUGAGUAGUAAGAAAACGAUGUAUUUUUCCGGCCUUCUUCAUCUCUAGAUAUGUAAAUUUUAUUUUGGCAUAUUUGAUAUGGUUAUUAAUCUA